AUGCAUAUGCUCUGUAAUUCACUCAACGCUGUGGCGACGCAAUUGCUGUCGCUGUCCUCGCCAGCAUUUCAAUCGCUAAUUCAACAGCGAGCCGUCUGGUGCCAAGAGCCUCAUGCGCAGGUAUCAACUCACGGAACUUUGACAUUCACCUACCCGUCUCCUAACAUUACGCGGGCCACGAUCAAUAAUGGGCCAGUAAACUUCGUCGACCGGCGAUUUACAGAUGACUUGUUGGACUUCUUGAUCCCCCUUGAGACGGUGACAGAGGACACGCCCAAGGUCGUGAUCUUCGACUCGUCAAACCCUAACUUUUGGUUGGGCCACAUCGACAUGAGGACACUGAAGACCCCUAUCACGGAUGAAAAGAAGCAGCUGGGUGCCGAUUACAUCAAAUUCACCCAAUUGCUCCAGAACAUCACCUCGACAAUCUUUAUCGCCGAGAUUGACGGUCGCGCAUUCGGUGCUGGGAACGAGAUCGCUGCGCAGAUGGAUAUGCGAUUCGUUGGACCACGUGCGCGCACUGGUUCCUUUGAGGAAGCUCUAGGCCUCGUCGCUGGAGGAGGAGGGCAGACGUAUAUGGGCUCCAUCCUCGGCAAGGCCAAGGCCAUGGAAUACCUGCUGGCGGCCAAGUCCUUCACUGGGCCUACGGGUGAGGCACUGGGCAUCUUUAAUAAGUACUACGACAAUUCGCAGGCGCUCAAGAACUCGGUUCUCGAACUCGCCCAGCGCAUCGCAUUAUUCCCGCGCGUCGCGCUGAACCAAACCAAGUCCGUGCUCAGCUUCCUGAACCCGCCCAACGACGCAUUCCAGCUCGACUUUGAGGCCUUCUACGACAUCGAACAAGGCCCGGUGCAGCAGGCAAACAUACGACGGUUCAUCGAGCUGAGCGAAGACCAGACUGCGAACCACUACGAAAUGGGCUUGGGGGAGAGUGUGAUGGCCUUGUAUGGACAGUGGGAUGGUGGCGUUGAGUAG